AUGGGUUCGACGUCGUCCGCUUGUAGGAGACUGGAAACGGCAUGCAGGACCGGUGAGAAUGUAGCCGAUGCCGUUGAGGCAUUCCGAACGGAUCUCCAGGAAAAAAUAGAGCAGAAUGACGAGCAAGCCAGUGGAGACAUGAUAAAGGAAGCCAUGAAGGAAGCUGUUUUGCCACAUCGGUGCGAUUCUGCUGCAUUGGCCGUUGGCGCGGAGUUGCUAAAGUUUCUUGCACACUUCGAUCACAAGCGAGACCGAAAAGCACUGGAUGCUAUUCAUGAAAUGAACGCUGCCUUCAUGACUAUUCCUGAAAGUGAAAUGACGUCGGGGUGGCGCAACGCUCAGGUAAAUUUUCUUACCUCAGCGUUUCAGGCAUGGAUCCAAGGUGGAGGGCCAAUUGUCAUACGGGAGGAGUGCAGGGACACCGACAUCGAACAAGAAGGAAUAGUGUAUAUAAAUGAAGAACUCUGCAGCGUUUUUCUACGUUUUUCUAGGUGGGAUAAAACACUCACUACUGGUAACCGCAGUCACGCCCUGGCUGCUUCGGCCUACAAAAUUAGUCACCAAUGCGGGACCAAGCUGGAACUCGUUGCAGCUGCUGUUGAGGAGGUACAAAGCCUACUAAAGGAAGAAGAGAAGCCAUUCCUUAUCGCUCGCACAGUUUAUGGCGUGUUGGCAGCAACUUCUGAAAACCCGAAAAUAUCAUCGCAGUAUGCACUAAAGUUGGCGGGGCAACUGCUGCGGGCGGAUGCGUUGACCGCGGGCCCUUCCGCGAUUUCUAGUUUCCUUCACGAUAUUCUGAAAAUACUAGAGAUAAAAGCAUUGGCGUUGCAGGCAGAUCGGGAGGCGGAGCUCUGUAAGGUAGUGGAAGUUCUCUGUAGGGUAUACAAACGGAGCCUCAUGUUGUUGGGUGACCUGAAUUGGGUUGAACUAGUGAAACAAUUUUAA